AUGGCCAAAAAGAGGAGCGCUUUGAUCGCCGCCAAAGCCGACGAACAGGUUUCCAAUGGCAGCAAAAAGAGGGGCAAAAAACAGUUGAUUGAGAAGAAGGGAUGUCUCGAUACUUCCUCUUCUAGCGAAGCCGAAGACGACGGCGAAGAGGAGGAGGAGGAAGAAGAAGACGGCGAAGAAGAAGAAGAAGAAGGAGAUUCGGACGCAUCUGAAGACAAACGCAAUAAGAAGAGAAGGGGUCGGAAGCGACGCAAAAACGGACCGAACUCUAGGCCCUGGGAGGAGAGCGACUCAUCCAAGAGUUCGGCCCAAUCUGAAGAGGAAGAGGAGCACGAAGACGAGGAGGAAGAGGAUGUGUUGAAGUUCGAGGACAAUGAGGACGAGUUUGCCUGCGAAGAGCUCGACUCAGACCCCGAACCGGUGGUCGUCCGACGCGCCCGUACUGUCAAAAAGAUUAAGUCCGACAGUUCCGACGACAAUGAGUCGAGCAGUGAGUCUGAAUUGGAAAACGAUGACAAGCCGUGCGGCCGGUGCGGCAAAUAUGAUCACCCGGAAUGGAUAUUAUUAUGUGAUAAAUGUGACGAAGGCUUCCACACGGCAUGCCUUCGACCGCCACUUCUAAUAAUACCCGACGGGGACUGGUAUUGUCCGCCCUGUGAACAUAAAAUGUUGUGCGAAAAACUUCAGGAAGAAUUGGCAACACUUUCGGUGCAUUUGGCCAAAAAGGAAAGGGAGGAACUCCGCAAACAACGGCUCAAAUACGUGGCCAUAAGUGUGGAUAAUAUCCUUAAGAAUCCGGGCGUCAGAAGUAAGUCGAAGAGUCAGGAACUGGAGGACGACUUGAUGGCCACGAAUGACAACGAUGUGGACAAUGAAGAGACCAUCGAUGAGAACCAACCAAAGGCUGAAGCGAAGACCAAAAGCAGGAAACGAGUCGUUCGUAGCGAUGACGACGACGAAGAGAACAGCGAUGAGGACGAGGAGGCAGAGGAUGAGGACGACAGCGAUAGAGAGGACGAUAUCGGAAGAGCCCUUUGGUCUGACGAAGAGGAGGACAAGUAUGCGGCCAUUAAGUCGCGCCGUAAUAGGAAUCGCAAGAAUAUAAACUACAAGUUCUCAGAAUACGAUCAACUCAUCAAAUCUGCCAUUGAGUUGGAAAUGGAGUGCGAUUACGACCCCUCGGAAGAGCCCCCUUCCGGUGUCCAAAGCAAAGGCAAAGACAUGUCAAACAUAAUCGCCAACUCUGGCGAAGAAUUGGACUUUAGUCUGACGCCUAUUGAAGACAAGACUAGUAGUGCGUUAGUGAUUGAAGACAAAGCACUUCCAGCCAAUGAAGUGACAGAUAAGACCAGUAAUGGUGUGAAUGUGGAGUCCGUGAAGAAAUCUAUCACUGAAGAUAAGAGCGAAGACCAAGACGAAGAAGAAGAGAAGGAUGAAGAAGACGACGAAGAGUCGAAUGAAAGCGAUUCCGACUUCAAAACCGGUGAAAUACAGAAGAAGAGGAAGAAAGGGUCGACGAGAGCCUCCCGUAAGAGACACCGCGGACUCAAUGAUCUCUCGGAUACCACGGAAGACGACGACUAUAAGGACGAGGACUUCAAAGGCGAUUCGGAUGCCACUGAAGUGGAAGAAGGAUCCGAUGACGACUUCGUCGACGACGGGUCCACACAAGAGGAUGAAGAAGUGUCCGACGACUCGGAUUUCAAGUAUAGUCGGCGCCGAUCGACACGAAACUCGAGGCAAACGUCUAAGAAAUCUAAGAGUCGUGGGAAGAGCGCCCGAAAUGCGGGUCGAAGAGGGUAUCGAAGGGACGCCUUUGUGGUGAGCAGUGACGAGGAGAGUGACUACAGACCGGGCCGUUCGGCCACCAGAGGUCGGGCCGCCGCCAGAAAGAAGGUCAGCUAUAGAGAGGAGACGGAGACCGAAACGGACGAAGAGAAGUAUUACAAACCGGCGACCAAUAAGAAGAAGUCGAAGAAUGAGUCGGAAAGCAGUGACGAAGAGUGGGGACAACAGAAAGAGUCGAAGCAAUCGAAGGCUGAGAGGAAACUGAAGAAACUGUGGGCCGAAAGCGAUGACGAAGAAGAGGAUGAAGAGGAGGACGAGAAAAAGGCCGACGGAGACGAUAAUGAAGAGGAGAGUGAGGAGGAAGUGGUGACCAAACCCGGGCCCAAGUCGUCCAAACCUACGGCUCCUCCCGCAGGACGACUGUCGAUGAAAGGAAAGCCGAGGCUAUCGAAGGCGAGGGGUUUAGCGAAUCUGAAGGAAGACACGGAUGACGAAGAAGACAGCGAUUCCGUUGCAAAGAAAACGUCGAAAAGUAAUAAAAAGUCAAAACCAUUGGAAGAAUCAGAUGAAGACAUUAGUGAUAAAGUGGUCGCCACUAAAACCCCGACAGCACCCGGUGCUGAAAGUGUCAACACGACUGUCCAGAAUAACAGUGAAUUAAGUGAACAAUUAAGUGCCGGUCCCCUAAAAUCGGGUGCCGUUUGUGAUUCAAUUCUUAAGCAAACAUUAGGUGACAAUCAGGUGAGCGUGGAGUCCAUGUCAGUGCCGCCGCCGCUCUUACACAGUAAAGACCAACAGUUGUCCGCAUCGAUAGUUCCCAUCACUACUGUUCCUCACAUGACUGGACCGCCGCUUAAUAGUUAUCCGCAUCCGACGGACACUCCUAUCAAACCAAAUAUGAUUCCACAGAUUGACAACAAUUUUAGUAAAAACCAAAACAACAAUAAUAUCGACGAAUACUAUUCAAUGACACCUCUGGACGCAUACCCCGUCUCGCGUCCACCGCCACUCAAACCAACACCGGUAGCCGAUCCUUACCUUCAGGUGGCGAGUCCUCCAAGGAUUCUGUCGUUGGACUCAAACACCGGUUAUCCGAGACAUCCAAACGAAUACCCGAACGCACCGAUUGGGCAUCCGAUGCAACCCUCGAAAGGUCUAAUGGAUCCCCGAAUGGAGAACCCGUACAUCGGCCACAAUAUGCCUCCAAAUGUGGGUCCAAUGCCUCCAUUCGGUGCCCAUCAGUCGCCUUCACGACCACCACAUGCGGGUCCGCCCGGACAUGCAUUCAGUGGCCAUUAUUACCCGCCCGUUCCCGAUGCAAGUCAUCCGUAUUACGCGAGACCUCCUUCACGACACGACACGCCUCCUCCCUUCUCAUCGCCACAUAUUAGGCCACAAACUAACAGUCCGAUGGGCGCAGUGCCACCGCCCAGAACAACAGCCCCCACUACCAGCCCUUUAAUGCCUGGACAGCCGCCGCCUAACUACAGACCACCUCCCGGUCCCCAUUGGUCACAAACACCACCGAGUCGUACGCCAAUCACUGGUUAUAACUUUGGUGGACAUCCACAUCCGUCAGCAUCUCCUUACUACCGACAACCACCCGCUCCGGGACAGCCCAUACCAGGUCAUCAGUCGGCGCAUAUGAUGCCACUGCCGCCGUCGCCAUACCCUCCCGGCCCCUACCACCAGAACUACGGCUACUUUGGUCCGAACGCAGGCGCCGGCGCUCCAAACGGCGCUUUUAUGAUUCAAAAUCUGCUUCAACACAGACCGCCAGUCCCUGAGGACAGCCAUCAAAUACCAUCGAUAGCCUCUACAGCCUCUACCACAACGCCAACCACCGGCGCCUCCACUACAGCAGCUAAACAUUAG